CGCUCUAGAUAUCCCAACUACCUUGACCGGGAUUCCUCAACCUCUCCAUCUAUCUUCUUGAGUGUUUGUCGUUGUCUUGUGCAGAUCCUUUCACCAUGGCGCCGACGUACGCAGGGAUGUCGGGCAAGAAAUUGUCCGUGUCCAUCUCGACCAUUGCUACGAUGGGCUUCCUUCUGUUCGGUUACGAUCAGGGUGUCAUGUCCGGUAUUAUCAGUGACACGGCUUUCCAAGACCUUUUCACUGCCACCAAGGGCAAUGCCACGAUGCAGGCCCUGGUGACCUCGGUGUAUGAGUUGGGUUGCUUGUUUGGCGCUUUGUUCGCUCUGUUCUUUGGUGAUAGACUUGGUCGUCGAUUGAUCAUCAUGUUCGGCGCCACCAUCAUGAUUGUCGGUGUCAUUAUCCAGGUUACGUCGUUUGCCGGCCACAUCCCCCUGUUGCAAUUCUUCAUCGGUCGUGUCAUCACCGGUAUCGGGAACGGAAUGAACACCUCCACCAUCCCUACCUACCAGGCUGAAUGUUCGAAGACAAGCAACCGUGGUCUUCUGAUCUGUAUCGAGGGUGGUAUCAUCGCCAUCGGUACUGCGAUUGCCUACUGGAUUGAUUACGGUGCCCACUUCGGUAACAAGGAUCUCGUGUGGCGUUUCCCCAUCGCCUUCCAGAUCUUCUUUGGUUUGAUUAUCGUCAUCGGAAUGUACUACCUUCCUGAUUCCCCGCGCUACCUGAUUGCCAAGGAUCGCGUCCAGGAGGGAGAGUACGUGCUGGCGGCUCUGGGUGGCUUUGAAAUUGACGAUCACGAGACACAGCUCCAGAAGCAGCUGGUCAUUGACUCCAUCAGAGCUUCGAGUGCUGCUGGACAGGGUGUGACAUACCGUGACCUACUCACCGGCGGCCGUUCCCAACAUCUCCGUCGCAUGUUGAUCGGCUCUUCGUCUCAGAUCUUUCAGCAGCUCGGAGGCUGCAACGCGGUCAUCUACUACUUGCCGCUGCUCCUUGAAGAAAACCUUAAGGAGGGUACUAACUUUGCCCUUUUGAUCUCCGGUGUUAAUAUGAUUGUCUAUGCCAUCUUUGCUACCUUUUCCUGGUUCUUUAUUGAGAAGAUCGGUCGCCGCAAACUCUUCCUGGGUGGUUCCAUCGUUCAGUGUGUUGCGAUGAUUAUUACCUUUGGUUGCCUUAUUCCCGGUACUAAGUCGACCGCCAAGGGAUCGAUUUUCGGUAUUUUCCUCUACAUGGCUGCUUUCGGUGCUACUUGGCUUCCCCUGCCCUGGCUGUACCCGGCCGAGUUGUCACCUAUCAAGACUCGUGCCAAGGCCAACGCUGUAUCGACUUGCAGCAACUGGCUGUUCAACUUUUUCGUUGUUAUGAUUACGCCGGUUAUGGUUUCCAGCAUCGGCUGGGGUACCUACUGCUUCUUCGCUGCCAUGAACGCCCUGUUCAUUCCCUUCAUUUGGUUCUUUUACCCCGAGACAGCCAACCGAAGCUUGGAGGAAAUCGACAUCAUCUUCGCCAAGGGCUUCACCGAAAACAUCAGCUACGUCAAGGCCGCCAAGGAUCUUCCCAAGCUUUCAGACGACGAAGUCGAGCAGAAGGCCAUGGAGUACGGCUUUGGUGGCGCCAACGAUGAAGAGAAGACGGGCGCAGCUGAUCUAUCCGGAUCGAACAGCGGCAAGGACUUUGAGUAAAAAACUCGCGUGUCACUUUCAAGACGCUUGAGCCAAUGCUUUUACGUGCUGUAUGCUUUGGACCUGUCGUUGCUACCAGCCCUGGCUGUUUGCGCUCGAGUGACACUCUGGAAGGCGGCUAGAUGCUGCUUCGAUGCUUGGUCCUUUUUUUUUUUUUUUUCUUU